AUGUUAUAUAAGGUCCUUAUUUCCUGUGCCCUGUUUGUGGCAGCACAGGCUAACUAUGCUUCUUCCGGUUAUGGUGGACAAAAAUCAUCCAUUGCCGGCUUUGCAGCCCAAUUUCAACCGGCAGUUACCCUUACCGUUUUGCCCUCCUCUGCAGGUGGUUAUGGUAGUGCUUCCGCUUAUGGUGCCGCUCCUGCUUAUGGUGCUCAUAAAGGCGCUAGCAGCUAUGGUUCAGUUGUAAUCCCAGUAAGUGGUGGUUAUGCCAGUGGCGCUGGCGGUGUAGAUGCUGAAGCUUUGCGUUUGGCUAAAUUAGUUUUUGCUUUACCUUCGGCUGGUGGCCCAAAUGAAGCCAUUCUUAAUAUUCCUCAGUAUUCUACCACCUCAUAUUCAGCUCCUGCUGUUGUUCUUGCCUCUGGUGAUUAUGGUAGUAAUGCUGUUAGUGGUGCUUCUGCUGCUGCUGCCGCUGCUAAUGUUAAAUCUGCUAGCUCUGGCUAUGGUCCAGCUCCUGCUCCCGCCUCUUCUGCUGGUUCUGGUUAUGGUCCAGCACCUGCUGCUUCCUAUUAA